AUGGAGUGGAUGAACGCCGAGGAGACGCUGCGCCGGGCCGAGGCGCCUCUCUUCUGGGUCGGCGCCUGCACCGUGGCCUCCCUGGCGCUGUGGCUGCUCUACAGGCUGCUCUCCGGCUUCAGGAUCUGGGUCCUGGGGAACGGGCAGCUGCUCUCCCCGAAGCUGGGCAAAUGGGCAGUUGUGACGGGAGCCACGGAUGGAAUUGGGAAAUCCUAUGCGGAGGAGCUGGCUCGCCGUGGAUUCUCCAUGAUGUUGAUCAGUCGCUCUCAGGACAAGCUGGAUGACGUGGCCAGGUCACUUGAGGAGCAGUUUAAAAUAGAGACCAGGACCAUUGCUGUUGACUUUGGAAAAGCGGACAUCUACUCCAAGAUCGCGGUGGGGCUGGCUGGACUUGAGAUCGGCGUACUUGUCAACAAUGUUGGUGUGUCUUACUCCUACCCUGAGUACUACCUCAACAUUCCUGAUCUGGACAACUUCAUCACAUAUAUGAUCAACGUCAACAUAACCUCAGUGUGCCAGAUGACCCGUCUGGUGCUGCCCAGAAUGGCUGAGAGGUCCAAAGGUAUUAUCCUCAACAUCUCCUCUGCCAGUGGCAUGUAUCCUCUCCCUCUGCUCACAGUCUACUCUUCCUCAAAGGCCUUUGUGGACUUUUUCUCUCGUGGCCUUCAGGAGGAGUACAGACGUCAGGGCAUCAUCAUUCAGAGUGUGCUGCCCUUCUUUGUGGCCACAAAGAUGACUCGUAUCAGGAAGCCCACCCUGGACAAGCCCACCCCGGAGCGCUACGUAGCAGCUGAACUCGCCACUGUGGGUCUGCAGAGUCAGACCAACGGCUACUUCCCCCACGCAGUCAUGGGCUGGGUCACCACCAAGAUUGUGCCAAUAAGUAUGGUUAUCUUCCUGGGGGCCAGUAUGAACCGUCUGCAGCGUUCCGGAUACCUGCAAAGGAGGAAGCUGCGGGAGCAGAGAAACGGAAACAAUUUAAAAAAAAUUGAAUAGGAAGAUGUCAUGACGAUUCUGCCGUCGGCCAAAUUCCUUAUGACCGCGUGCAGUAUUGAGGGAAGAAAGAUAGUAUCAAUGUGCGAUUGAUCCUUCAGGGUUACCAGAUAUUUCACCUUUGUGCCUUUAUUAAUUAUGCACAUCAGAGCGUAUGUAUGACUUAAUGUUGAAAAACGCUAA